AUGCUCCGCAGGAGCCAUUCCGCGAGGGGUGCAACCUUGCUGGCUCAGCACAAGCAAAAAUCUCUCACCACACGGCCGAAAAAACAACCACAAUUCAUCAAUGCUAGCGAAGAAUCUCAGCGCGUAGAAGUUGGCAACAUGUUUCAGCCAAGGCACGGAUACCCAGCUCGACCAGAGCAGAUCCAGUCUGUUGUCGAUCUACUCAACGACCGCACCUCGUUCUUAUUAGCCGGAACUGGCUUUGGCAAAAGCCGGGUGCCCGAAAUGUACUAUCACGCUCACGAAACAACUUCGGCGCCCAUUAUCCUCUGUAUUAACCCCUUGGAUGCCCUCGGAGACGAUCAGGUCAGCGAGAAAGAGGCAGUAGAUCUGCGGGCAAUCAAUUUGACUGGCGAAAACUGCACGCAGGACGCGUGUGAUUCCAUUUUGCUCGGCGAUUUCGUCUUCGUCUAUGUGGUAAUGUGUUCAUCCUUGGGUAUACAGAUGAUAUCAUGUGUAUAG